GUUUCUGUAGCGAUAUUUCUUCUCGCACACCUGCCGAUGUAUUCCUACUUGACAGUGACUUCAAAUGUGAGAUGUACGAGAAAACUGGGUUAUCGGGAAUGUUCCAAAUGCAUGAUCGUGUCAACGUCGAAAAUUCGUCUCGACGGAUUGAACUCAAGGGAGACUCUCGUAUGUUAAAGGAAUUUAUGCUGAGCGUCAGCAGACUGAAGCAAUCAUCACCGUGGGUCAAACAACAUCGGCACAGGUCAUAUGCCCCUAUUAGAAAAGCCGCAAAAGUUAAAUGGUACAUCGAUGGGAAGGACUAUUUCUUUGCCGUGAGCGAGGCUAUUGCUGCUGCCAAACAUGAGAUUUAUAUUGAAGAUUGGUGGCUAUCACCGGAAUUGUAUCUCCGUCGUCCGCCAAAAGAUAAUGAAGACUUUCGUCUGGAUAGGUUGCUGAAGAGAAAGGCCGAAGAAGGGGUUAUGAUUUAUAUCGUUGUAUACAAAGAAGUUUCUUAUGCCUUGACCCUUGAUUCUCAUCAUACCAAAUUUUACUUGCAAGGCCUACACAAGAAUAUUAAAGUUCAAAGACAUCCAGAUCAUGGACCAGACGGAAUUAUGUUCUGGGCGCAUCAUGAGAAAAUGGUCGUGGUGGACUCUCGGUUGGCUUUCAUUGGUGGGCUCGAUUUAUGCUUUGGCAGAUAUGAUACUCAUACGCAUCAACUAGUUGAUUACCAUCCAACUGGUAAACAACCAACUAUAUGGCCGGGACAAGAUUACUCUAAUCCACGUAUUAAGGACUUUGUAAAUGUUAAGGACUUUGCUGCCUCGCUCGUCGACAAAACGAAUGUUCCGCGUAUGCCAUGGCAUGACGUAUCC